AUGUCGAAUGAACGAAUAAUUCUUAAUGUUGGUGGUCAAAAGUACGAGACAUAUCGAUCAACUUUAACCGCUUAUCCAAAUACUUUUCUUGGAACGAUGUUUGCUGAACGCAAUCAAGCAUUACUUCACCCUUCAGCAAAUAAUGAAUACUUUUUCGAUCGCAACGGUCGAGCAUUUCAUUUUAUUCUAGAAUAUUAUCGCACCGGCUCUAUUCUUUGGUCUGCAACAUCAUCAAUAACUCAAGCUGAACUCGAAAAAGAACUCGAUUUCUGGCAGAUCUCAUCACCAUCUUUAUCCGCAUCCGCACACUCACUUAAAGAUUCCGCGAAAUUAGUGCAAGACUUCCUAGAAAUGCUACGUGUGUUACUUAAAGUGCCACAUCAAUAUCUGCGAACAAAAGUAAAUUUGGUGUUUCCCUUGUUCAAUUUCGAAUUGUUUUCUGUUGAACCAGGAUUGGAAAAUCUCGUAAAGUUGGUGGAACCUUUUAAACAGACUGGAUAUCCGAUUUCGAGAGAGUGUGGUAAAGUGUUGGCGCAGAAGCUUAUGAAUGAAAAUAAAGAUUUGAGAUGUGAGAUUUCUGCGGAGGGAAGUAAUCCAAAUGAUUGGAGAUACCGCUGGGAAUUCGUUAUCCCUUUGCCUUAUUCUUUUGAUCAAGUUUUAUCAAACGUAAACUUCAAACCCUCCAGUUAG